UUCAUUCUCAUUUUCAAAGUAAUUAGUGGCAAUGAAAGUUAUAAUAAUUUUGUGACAGUCGAGAUAUGUACCUGAGGCAGAUUUUCUUGCAAUAAUGCCAAAAUCUGAGAUACCGUCAUGGUUUCCAAACAGAGGCUCUAUUCCUUCAAAUGAAAGUGGUACUUCGGAAUAUGAAUUAGUGGUGGAUGUCCCUCCAUAUUUUCGUGCAAGUAAAUGGUCUGGACUUGCUGUAUACCUAGAAAUAAAAGACAGCUCAACCUGUGAUAAACUUGUCAUUUCAUGGAGUUGUAAAGCUCGUGAAGAUUAUUACAUUUGCAAAGAAUGGGAGAAUGAAAUUUCACUUAUGUACGCCUGGCAGCCUCGCCUCUGCCUAAUGCUUUUAGAUUUCAAUGAGAAAACAUGUUGGCAACAUUUAAGAGGAAAUAGUAACUGUCUUCACAUCAAACUUAGCGUCACUUGUCAAUAUUCUAAAAGCCCACGAUUGAAAUGUGGGUGGCGGGUGCUAUCUAAAGAAGAGAUGCAAGAUUGGGGCAAUCCCACCAUUGAUUUCAACAGGUUAACGCAAGCAGAGCAUAACUCUUGUUCUGAGCUGCCACCUCUAAGACAGGGUAAUUUCCAUGGUAGAACACGAGGAAGAAGGAAUGUCAGUAGCAGCAGUAACCGUGAUAGCUUAAGGAGACGGGAGCCCAACAGACAGAACCUAGGGAGGCGAGAUCCACUAAUAGCUUGGUGGCCAAUCUAAUCUGCUAGUUGAAACAUUUUGACCAGAAUAGUAGGAGGGAUUAUAGAGGAUUGUCAUUUAUCACCGAUGCUUCAGGAUAAGUAUAGUCUGCCUAUCUAAUAACGUUAUUGAUGAUUGAUAUGAAAAAUGAAACACUUGUGUUUUCUAGCUUCUUAGUAUGGAUAUAGUUCAUGUAUAUGAAAUUAAUUAAAAUAUAUGUGAUAGCUGAGUGAAACGAAUUUGAUACUAUACUGAUUGCUGCAAUUGAUGCAAAUUUGAUGAGAACUUGAGUAUAUAUUUAUUUCCCUUCGUUAUGAUGAUGAUCAGUGGCCUUUUUCAUUCU